UGUCAGAUCAGUAAUAUUUUUCAAAAUUCUUCAGAAAUCUUGGAAGAUGACUUUGAUAGAUUUAAGACGAGAGGUAGAUUUAAAUGGUUUCACGUUGAUUAUCCCAAGUGUAUCAGUGGCGAAUGUCCCACAAUUAGCCAUAGAUCUCUUGAUUAUGAAUUAUGAUUUCAAAAAAGUUGGAAUGAUUUGGCAUCCUGCUUUGAUGCCAUUAGUUGGAGCAGAUCCAUUCAACGAAAAUAGUGAAGACAUUUCCACAGCUUGUGAAUUGUUUGUUAAUGAAAGUUUAAAAAUUGCUACCUUACAGCACAGAACUUCUUUUCAUUAUAAGAUGUUAGCAGUCUUUCUGCAGGACUUGAAAGCUGAUAUUAUGAAACAUAAAAUAACCAGAGUUAUAGUACUUGCAAGUGGAUUCGAUCAUGAGUUGCAUAAAAUUGACAAAGGAAAACUAUUUUAUAUCGAUAGUACAGGGAAUGAUACAAUCUUAGAACAAAUCGGAGUCAAAGCUCAACCAGCAGUUGAUGAUAAAUAUAGUCUUCCAGGAGGAGGUUUUUGCAUCCAAACAUAUGAAUUUUUAAAAAGUGUUGCUCACUGCACAAUUUUAAUAAGAUACGUUUCGGAGGGCGUUAAUACAAGUGAUGCAAUAUCAAUGAUAUCCAUUUUAUCCAAAUAUUUGCCCACCUUGGAUGAACUGAAUCCUGACAAUAUCAAAGUCCCUCAUUCUUGGGGUUGUAUAUUCGGUUCCCCACCACCUAUAGGAAUGUUUUAAUUUUUUAAAUAAAUUUUUUAUGAAA